CAAAUGGUGUGGGUUUUUGUCAUGAAUCGAAUGAGCUCCCAGAGCAGUUCAUCCACUCAGCGUAGGCGAAUGGCUCUAGGAAUUGUCAUUCUUCUCCUAGUUGACGUGAUAUGGGUUGCCUCCUCAGAACUCACUUCUUAUGUUUUUACAAAGUACAACAAACCUUUUUUCAGUACAUUUGCAAAAACAUCCAUGUUUGUUCUAUACCUCUUGGGAUUUAUUGUUUGGAAACCAUGGAGGCAACAGUGUACUCGUGGGUUUCGUGGAAGGCAUGCAGCUUUUUUUGCAGAUGCUGAAGGUUACUUUGCUGCUUGUACAACAGACAACACAGUAAACAGUUCUCUGAGUGAACCUUUAUAUGUUCCUGUAAAGUUUCAUGAUUUGCCAGCUGAAAAAAAUGGCAGUAAUAAUAGUGAUGCAGAGAAAACUCCCAAAAAGCCUCGUGUGAGGUUCAGUAAUAUUAUGGAGAUUCGACAGCUACCAUCAAGCCACGCAUUGGAAGCAAAGUUGUCUCGCAUGUCAUAUCCAACGGUUAAGGAGCAGGAAUCAAUAUUAAAAACUGUAGGAAAACUCACUGCAACUCAAGUAGCAAAAAUUAGCUUUUUCUUUUGCUUUGUGUGGUUCUUGGCUAAUUUCUCUUACCAAGAAGCUCUGUCAGAUACCCAAGUUGCCAUAGUUAAUAUCUUGUCUUCAACCUCUGGGCUUUUUACUUUAAUCUUAGCUGCAGUCUUUCCCAGUAACAGUGGGGAUAGAUUUACCCUGUCCAAAUUGUUAGCUGUUAUUUUAAGCAUUGGUGGUGUGGUACUUGUUAACCUUUCUGGAUCUGAGAAAUCUGCUGGAAAAGAUACGAUAGGUUCCAUUUGGUCUCUUGUAGGAGCAAUGCUGUAUGCUGUGUACAUAGUAAUGAUAAAAAGAAAAGUAGAUAGAGAAGAUAAACUUGACAUACCAAUGUUCUUUGGUUUUGUAGGGCUGUUUAAUUUGUUGCUGCUGUGGCCAGGGUUUUUCCUGCUUCACUAUACUGGGUUUGAAGCAUUUGAGUUUCCCAAUAAGCUGAUAUGGAUGUGCAUUGUCAUUAAUGGCCUUAUCGGAACAGUUCUGUCAGAGUUCCUCUGGCUGUGGGGAUGCUUUCUUACCUCAUCACUGAUAGGCACACUUGCGCUAAGCCUUACAAUACCUCUGUCCAUAAUUGCUGACAUGUGCAUGCAAAAGGUGCAGUUUUCCUGGUUGUUUUUUGCAGGGGCAGUCCCUGUGUUUUUUAGUUUUUUCAUUGCAACUCUCUUAUGUCACUAUAACAACUGGGAUCCAGUGAUGGUGGGAAUCAGAAGAAUUUUUGCCUUUAUUUGUAGAAAACAUCGAAUUCAGAGAAUGCCGGAAGAAAGUGAGCAGUGUGAAAGUCUCAUUCCUAUGCAUAGUGUUUUACAAGAUGGAGACAGUUGCAGUUCAUAGAAAAAGUUUAAAAAUGGAAUGAUGCCCAGCGAAGAGACAAUCUUCUGGAAAAGUCCCUAAGGAAUCAUGUUUCAGUGCCUAUUAUGAAUUUGUAGUAAAAAUAAGAAGUUUCAGUUGUUUUGAAACUCCAAACUUUCCUCUUUCUUGCUUUCAUCUGGUUUUAUAAAUGAACAAAUUUACUACAUGCCUGUCACCAUAGAAAGUCUUAGUCCAUCUGAGCAACCAACCUGCCUUAUAACACUGAGCUGGUGAAGUUACUUGACAAAAUCAAGAAAGCAAAUGCUGUUAAGUGAUUUCUUUCUUCUUUUAACUCACAAUUUUGUUAAAUGCUGGACAAUAUUAUUUUUAAGAAAUACUUUCAAAUGAGUUAUGUAAAUAAGUUUGCAGGUCAUCAAGUCCUACAGGCUUUCAGAUGAAAAGCUAAAUAGAUAAGUUACCUGUAGUAGGUACAAAUUAACUUUUUUAUGUUGUAUAAACUACUUGCAUAUUAAUAGAAGAAAAUAGAAAAAUAAUUUAUUAAGUGCAUUCUUGUAAUUAUUGAGGCAGGAUCUUUCUACGAUCCUGGAACACUACAUAUAUAUUGUCUUAUGCCAUUUUGAGAAGGCUUGUACUGGCAGUGGGUGCCGAUGUUUAAAAAUCUUUUGUUACCUAACAAUCUGGAAUGUUUAAAAUUUUAGGGA